GGACAGUCCUCCGUCGGGGAGCGUUCGUGGCGCUCUCACGAUGGCUCGGCUCUGUUCAGCCCAGCAGCCUCUUGGACCAUCUGGAGCCUCGGAGCCUCUUUAGUGCGGAAAGUCGGGCCGCAGGCGGCGGGCAAGCAGAGCCUCUGGAUGGACCCUUCCUCGGAAGCUUCGCUCAUUUGCAGAAGCUGGGCAAUGCUCCUCAUUAACACCUGUCUGUCCGCAUAGUCCGGCGUCAUUUCACUGUGGUGGAAGGGACUCAGCUCCGAAUUCUGUGUAGAAAAAAAAAACACCUGGAUCUCAGUCUUUCAAUGGCUUCAAGACAACCAGAAGUGCCUGCUCUUGCUCCCAGCGGGCCCCUAGGCAAGAUGUCCCUGCCCAUCGGGAUGUGCCGCCGGGCAUUCAGCUAUGACGAUGCCCUAGAGGACCCUGCGCCCAUGACUCCUCCUCCAUCGGACAUGGGCAGCAUCCCCUGGAAGCCAGUGAUUCCAGAGCGCAAGUAUCAGCAUCUUGACAAGACAGAGGAGGGAGCGGCCAGUGUCUCUUCCCUCGCUGUGACUCCAUCACCAGCCACUGACAGUUCAGACAAGACCCCUGUGGUGAAGGCUAAAGCUACCCAUGUCAUCAUGAGUUCUCUGAUCACAAAGCAGACCCAGGAGAGCAUCCAUCGUUUUGAGCAGCAGGCAGGACUGAGAGAUGCUGGUUACACACCCCAUAAGGGCCUCACCACGGAGGAGACCAAGUACCUUCGCGUGGCAGAAGCACUCCAUAAACUAAAGCUGCAGAGUGGAGAGACAGCAAGAGAGGAGAAGCACCCCGCAUCAGCCCAGUCCACCCCGAGCAGCACCCCUCACGCGUCCCCUAAGCAGAAGUCCAGGGGCUGGUUCUCAUCUGGCUCCUCCACAGCCUUACCUGCUCCAAAUCCUCAUACCAUGGAUCCUGGGAGUGGAAAUGAUAGGAACUCAGCAGACAAAUGGAGCCUCUUUGGGCCACGACCCCUGCAGAAAUCGGAUUCUGGUUUUGCUAUUCAGGCUUACAAAGGUGCUCCAAAACCUUCUCCUAUGGAGGUGAUGCGUGCCCAGGCCACACGAGUAGGUGAAGAUCCAGCAACCUUCAAGCCACCAAAGAUGGAUGUCCCAAUGGUAGAAGGAAAGAAACAACCACUUCGAACCCAUAAUCUCAAACCCCGUGACCUGAAUGUGCUCACACCCACUGGCUUCUAGAAUG